CCAGUGUUGACGUUGAUAACGGGAGUUCACCGUGGAGACUCAACCGAUAACGGGAUUCACCUGCACGUGUCUAAUGGAGCGCUACGAGUCUCUGGGUCUGGUCGGCGAGGGCAGUUAUGGCACCGUGCUGAAGUGCCGCCACCGAGAAUCCGGUCGACUCGUCGCCAUCAAGAAGUUCGUGGACUCGGACGACGACAAGACAGUGAAGAAGAUCGCCCUGAGGGAGAUCAAGCUUCUGAGGCAACUGCGUCACGACAACCUGGUGAACCUCCUGGAGGUGUGGAAGCGCCGCCGCCGCUGGUACCUGGUGUUCGAGUUCGUGGAGCGAACCCUUCUGGACGAUUUGGAGCAGAACUCGAGCGGACUGGACCUGAACACAAGCCGGCAGUACCUCUACCAGAUCCUGAGGGCUGCCGCAUUCUGCCACCAGCAAAACAUCAUCCACCGGGACAUCAAACCGGAGAACAUACUCAUCUCUCAGGGCGGCGUGGUGAAGAUGUGCGACUUUGGGUUUGCCCGGACCAUGACGUCGCCCGCCGAGGGGGGCGUCUACACGGACUAUGUGGCCACUCGCUGGUACAGAGCACCUGAACUCCUGGUGGGAGACACCAAGUAUGGAAAACCGGUAGACGUGUGGGCUGUUGGUUGUCUGUUAUUGGAGAUGUUAACGGGUCAGCCACUGUUUCCUGGAGACUCCGACCUCGACCAGAUAUACCACAUCGUCAGGUGCUUCGGUAACCUGACGGCUCAUCACCAGGAGCUGUUCUACAGGAAUCCUGUCUUUUCCAGAGUCAGACUGCAUGAAUAUUCUGGAAAAGUCCAACUGGAGCAGCGCUUCCCAACAAUCGCAUCCACCGCCCUGGACCUGGCUCAGAGUUGUCUCCAGAUGGAUCCAGAAAAACGAGCUCAGUGUUCGGAACUGCAAGAACAUCCUCUGUUCACACAGGACUCUUUCCACAUCAGAUUUUUGGACGAGCUGAAUGCCAAGAUUCAAAAAGAUCACAGAGAAAACUCUACCCUUCCCAAAAUAAACAAAACUCCAAGACGAGAAAGGAAUGAAGGAGAUGACAAGAACCGACGAAGCAAAGACAAGAAACAACCUGAAAGUGUGGAGGAAAAAGUCAACAAGGAAACCAAAGGAAAGCAACCGAUGAAGCUUUCUAAAACUAUUCGGGACAACUCAGAACCUUUGAUGUCCACCAAACAAUCCAAGACAUCAGGCGCAAAGAUGAUCAAUAAUGCAGCAAAAUCGACGGUGGCCAUGAAAGGUAAAGCAGGAAAAGCUGCUGGUGCAGAGCUAAAAAAAGAACAAGAGAUUUCUAAAUCAACUAAAACCCUUACUUCAGAUUCACUGGAGGUUACCAAAACUGCAACAGAUCUGAAAGACAAUGAACCAGUGGCAGCUGAACCUAAAGAUGGGAAGGUUGGGAGGGACCAUUUGAAAACUAUGGAUUCAAAAGACAGAGAUCCUAGUGGCUUGCAUUCUAGUUACUCAGACAAAAUUGUGUCAAGUGCAAGUCAAGACUUUGGGAAGAGCUGGAACAACUCAAACUCAAUAAUGCCCCAAUUGUCUAAAAGCUCAACCACUGAGCAUCCAAAUGGGAGUUUAUCUCCAAAAGCUUUUUUGAAAUCAACCAUUGAUCGCACAGACACCAACUUAACACAGAAAAUGGGUAAAAUGUCCACCGCAGAAAACAUUGAGGGUGCCUCAACAGCUCAACCGUCAAGCAAUGACCACAAUGAGGUCACUACCCCAACUAUCCCUUCUGUCACCAAGCCACGCAAGACAACUAUGAUUUCAGAGCAUCGUGCAAACAUGGAGACGGAGCAAAGAGGGACACCUGAAUGUCCAAAGGUCUUACCAUCCAACCCCAGACCACCCAAGACUACCUCACACUUUGGUCCAAAAAUGACCCAAAACAAGACAUCUUUGUCCACCAGUCCUUCGAAGACUCUUACCUCAGAUGUUUCAAGGGAGUCCUCCACAGUGUUUAUGGAAGCCAGUCCUGCCCAUAGCAUUAUAACACACUUCCCAAAUUCAAUGUUGACCAAAACUGGCUCAUCUUCAAACACUCAACCCACAAAUGAUACUGCAUGUGUACCCAACAAACCUUCGAGAGGCCUUCCAACAGACAGGGAACUUUCAGAAGUAACUAUCGCAAGCAAAACUCAGCAGGAUAGUUGUUAUACAUCGAACAAGGACUUCAAGGAAGAUCACCAAUGCUUGAAGAUGAGCCCGUCGACCAAAACAGCUGCAAACCACACUGAGAUAUCUGAUGUUUCAGAUGGAGAUAACAAAGGGAGUCCUGAGUUCUUGGAGCCGUCCAGCGUCCAUCAGGAUUUCAGUAAUUCUAAAUCCACCACAGAAUCCAGAUCCAUGCCGAAUGAAAUCCUUAAAACCAACACUUCAGGAGGGGCGGCUAUUCUGAAAACAAUAAAAGUCUCAGACAAAGAGAACAGGGAAGAUUUAGCGCUUUCUAUGUCCAUCAGUCUGGUAACCAAGUCUUCAGUAAAUCAAACCUCAAAGGUUUCUAGAACCUCAAAUAUUGAGCAAAAGAGCAACAGCAAUGAAACUGAAGCUGACAUAAAAAACUUGAAAAAUCCUCACUUCAAGUCUUUUAUCGGAGACGCUAAAAAGCCAACAAAGUCCAACCCAACCAUGACCCGAAAGAAAACUACAUUUCCUACAGAGGCAAGAAAGAAAAGAGACAACCCAGAAAGGGACGACACAACAAACAUAUCCACAAUCACAGAUUCUACUUCUUUCACCUCUACAGCAACUCCAGACCCCAAAGCUUCAACCAGAAGCUUAGUCUUUCACAACACGGAAACCACAGACGUCAGUGGACCUCAGUCCUCUCCACCACCUCCUCCUCCACCUCCUUCCUCCACUCCUCUUCUACUCCCUCCAUCCUCCACACCCCUCAUCCCCUCUUUCUCUGUCAUCAGCCCGGCUGCCAGCGAUCACCUUUCCCUGGGAACAGUUUUCCAUUCAGGGAGCCACAGCUUUAGGUGUGUUGACAAGCCGAGGCAUCACGGUGGCGUUUAUAGCCGACUCUCCAGCCACAUCUCAGGAUCACUGACUGCACAGGGUUCAGAGAAGAAUCUGAUCAGCGAGCGCCCCUUCCUGUCCGAUCGCUGUAACCUUGGUAACAGUGGAGGCAUUACAGCGACCAAAAAGAAGUCAGACAUCCAUUUCCCAGAUCUGAGAGGCUCAGUGCUGCCAGAGGUCAGAGGAAGAGAAGGCAAACACAACAAAGGCCCUUCCAAGGAUCAGAGGAAAGACAAACAACCAGGUCCUCCAUCAGAACCAGAGCAGCCCGGACACAACAGUACUGACACACAAAGACCGUAA